GAAUCGCACAAAGCGCGAUGCAAUACGAUCGAAGGUCGAAGGCUCAAAUACUAAUUUGGUUAUGUUGGUGAAGUCUUUUUCGUGAUUGCGUGUGUUGCCUCUUCUCUGCACGAAUCUCCGGUGUUAGCAUUGAACAACUCGAUUGUAAAGAUAUAUUAUUUGAUUGUGGUUCAUUUUUCUUGACUUGUUUAAAGAUAUCUUUCGGAUAAUCAUGGUGGAGGAAAUUCAAAAAAAGCUUCAAAUCGAGGCCGACACGUUAAGACGAAUCCAAAAAGAAUACAACAAGACACUGAGCCAGCUGAGACAACAACUAGAUGGACAGUUGAAUGAAAAUAUGAUGGUGAAAAAGGAGUUAGACAUUUUGAAGGAGGAAAACGACGUGUUCAAGCUUAUAGGACCUGUACUCGUGAAGCAAGACUUGUGUGAGGCCAAACAGAACGUUGACAAACGCAUGGAUUACAUCAAGUCUGAAUUAAAACGCGUAGACGACCAGAUAUCCACUUUAGGCAAGAAGUUGGAUUCACAGAGGGAUGUGAUAGAUAAACUGCAACAAGCAUUUCAGCAAGCCCAAAUUAAGGCAUCAAUGAACCAGUCAAAAUCCUAAUACAGACUUUGUUUUGUGGAAUUAUCAAUUAUAUAAUUAAGUUAUAUUUUAAUAUUCAUUGCCAGAACUAAAAAUCUAUAAUGUAUAUAAUGUAUGCUACAGAAUUUUAGUAUUGACAGUGAAUAUUUGCAUGUAGCCUUUGAUAUCUAAUGAUAAAUGCUUAAGUAAUAUUGUUACAUAUAGUUUCAUCAUUUGGUACACGAGUGUCUUGCUCGUUUCAUUUAUUUAUACUUUAGAGACAAAUUAUAAAUAACAAUAUAUUAAUACAAAUCUUGACUAUGCAUCACAAUCAUUGAAGUGCAAUUUAUAUAAAUU